CUUCUCUACAGUUGUCCAUCAUUUACAACCUGAACCGACGUCUCACUUUCCCUGAGCCGCGCCACACCAGCUUUUCCGUCUGGAGACUGACGGUGGAUGCUGGUACGCUUGAUAUUCAGAUCGACGUCCACAUCGCCAUUUCCAAGUAACCUAGCACAAGCGUGUUCGUCAACAGUGAUGCUCAGCAUAUCCCGAUCCACCGCCUCGUCGAUGGUUGUAGGACUCUCACGACAGCGCGUAGCAACAAUCAUCUGUGCUGUUCAAGAGUCUGAGAUUCUGGGCAAGUGAGGCGGCUGGUACCUUCCAUUCCUUUGUCUUUCUUUUCUUCCAGCGCCCUUUUGUCCUGCUCUUAUUCUCGCGCGGGCUGCUUGACUUUCUUCUUCACUGUCUCGUAGACCUCACUGGAUAUUUCUUUUCCUUCCUUAUCUCUGUAGACGUAUCUCCUCAUGUCGCAAAUGGACUUUGGACCGUUUCGAAAUUACCCAUUCUUUCUGGCAACUCAGCUACUCGCUACGCUCGGAUGGUUUCUCGCGUUUAUCUUCCAAGCCGUAGCGACUGGACAAUUCGGGAACAGAUCGGUUGGAUCUCUGUGGUUCGCCAUAUUCCUCCAAGCCGCUCUCAACAUCGGCGUCCUGCUCGCUAUCACGACGGACUCGCUCCACCCCUCUCGCAUCCAACUGACCGCGUUCAGCGUCAUGGCUACCAUCUUCGCCGUUCAGGGCGUGCAAGCCGGGUUCUUCCCGCCCUUCACUCCACGACAGAAUCCGGAGGGGGCGCUUGUGGGCAUGGGGUUCGGGUACCUUAUCCUCGCGGUGGUCGAUCUGCUGUGGGCCUUGUACUUCUCGUCCGACGAAGACUCGGUGGGGAUGAGAUUGUUCACCUUGGUGGGCGCUGCGCCCAUCGCUCCUCCCCGUGGUCGGACGGCCGUUACCAAUCGGAUGCACACGCCCUCGCUUUCUCGACACGGCUCUCGGGCAAGCAGCAAAGCCAAGUAUCGCCUCGGGGCAGGUGUUUCCUCUGACGAUGUCAUCACGACCGACCUCAACGGGGCUAUCGACGUCAGGCGCGUGACCCCGCCACCGAGCAACCACCGGCUCUCGCGCAAAAGCACGAGCAAGUCGGUCGCGUCGAGCAUGAACAGGAAGAGCGCCUCCGUGUCGUUCAAGGAAAAAGAGGCGUAUGGGUCGCCCUCACCGACGCCCGCUGGCAUCCCCCUUCCCGCUUCGCCGAUCAUCCCCCCUGUUCCAACGCUGCCGUAUGGAAAUGGAGCUGCCGAUAUCGAGGCAGGGAUGGUCACCCGCGCGUCUAGUCCAACGCCGCUGGCUCUGCCAACCCCGGUGUUGUCUGAACCUUCACCGGCACCGUCUGAAACAUUCCCGAAAGCCAGAGCUUUGCAUUCUUACACUGGGUCGCUGGACGAUCCGAACGAGCUGUCUUUCAAGAAAGGCGAGAUCCUGGAGAUCGAAGACCAGGAAGGGAAAUGGUGGCAAGCGAGAAAGGCGGAUGGAUCGUAUGGAAUCGUGCCCUCAAACUACCUCGUCAUGAUAUAAUACCCGUUCCCUGUGUACACUAUGUAAUGCGGCUGCUCAUUUCCGAGCUCGUUCAUUGGACAUUCAUGCGACUGUGCAUCUCAGCCGUCUGGGCUUGUAAACAACUGAUGGACACAGAUUUC